AUGAAAUAAAAUAAAUAUAUCAAAAAUAUUCAUUUAAGAUCUAAAGAAAUAGUUGAAUAACAAAGAGAAUAGCAAAAUAUAAAUAAAUCAUAAAUCUAAUUAUAAGAAUUUGAUUAUGCAGCCAAACCUUAUGUAGAUUUUGAAUUCAUAAAAUUGAAGAAUAUUAAAUCAAUUAAAUUGAGUGACUCUGGUUCUAGAGGAGUUUUAUUUAUUGAUUCAGAAAAUGGUGCAAUUGUAUUAAAGUUAUCAGGUUAAGUAAGUGUGGAACUUUAUCUUAAUAAAUUAGCAUAAGCACUUGAUAUAAAAACUACUUAAAUGAAAUGUUUAAAAUGGUGUGAUUUAGAAAUGUAAGAAAUUAGAAAUGACAUUUUAUUUGCAGCAUCUAUAGAUGAAGUUUUAUCUCAUCGACUUAAACAAAAAUUAAAAGUUUCCUAUUUUGAAAUGAUUGAAUAUAUUCCUGGUCUUUAACUUUAUUAUUUCCAAGGAGAAAGAGCUAAAAUAAUAUUCAAUUAGGAAAGACUUUUUUGUUUAGGAAAGAUAAUAGGAUUUGAUAUAUUUAUACAUAAUGGAGACAGAUUUCCAUUACCUAUAUGGAGAAGUGUAGGAAAUGCAUAUAAUGUUAUUCUUAAAGUAAUUGAUGAGAAACAAGAGGAUAUGUUUAAUUUUAAUAAUAUUAAUCUUAAUUUUGAAUGCCUUUAUUCAAUUGAUCCAUAAACUAUCUUAAAAUAACAUGAUUCAAGCAUUUAAGAUAAAAUACUUAAUGCAUAUAUAGAAAAAGUAAAAAAAUUUCUAUAAGAUAUAUGUGAUGAAAUUAAAAUGAAUGAAUCUUAAUGUUUAGAAACAUUUAAGGAUUUUAUUUUUGAGUAAACUCAAUAUAAAUUAAAUAAUAAUGAGCUCUAAAUAAUUAAGAAAGGAAUUCUAUAUUAAAUUUAGAAGAUAGUUUAAUUUGGAAUAGAAAAUAUUAUUAAAAUAAAAUAAGAACUCUUAUUACCUGAUUCUUAAGAUUGGAUGGAUUCAUAUAAUAAUUGUUUAAAUUAAAUUCACAUUGAAUUUCAUGAAAAAUUAAUAACAGUAUUUGCAGAUAUAAUUAAUACUAACUCUGAAAUAUUCUAAACUCUUUGA